GUUGAAGAUUGAAAAUUAGUUAAAAAAGAAGAAAGUAUGGCUGAUAUUAGAAGAAAACAGUGAAAUUAUUGAAGAAAACAAUGAAAGUAUUAAAGAAAACAGUAAAAUUAUUAAAGAAAAAUAGAGAUGUAAAAAGUGACUUACCUUCGGAAAAAUCAUUUUUAUAACGUUUAUUUGUGGAAUGUGUUUACAAUGGGUUUUAAAAGAAACUAUCUUUAAAUUUAAAGGAAAGUGAAAGCGUCUAGUGCAGAGUUCAUAAAUAUUUAGGACGUCGUAUAGAAGUGGAACUAUUACUUAAUUAACUUACAACUUGGGUAAUAAUUAAUGACAAAUGCGUUUCUUUUCACUGUCUUCUAUUUAGUAUUCAUUACGGAUACGACAAUUCAACCUAGGGCCCCAAAUUUUCAAUAUUACGAAAGGCCGAAGUAUAGGUACCCGUAUUACGACGAAAAUGGCGUAGGAAGGCUUCUGUACGGUUACGGGGACGAUAAACUGUAUAAAUAUACGGUUUUUUCCCCGUUAGAGGGUAUCCAUUGAAUAUUUUUAUCAAUAUUUCGCUAGUAUAGUCAAAUAUUCAUAUUUAUUGUGAAAAAAUUCAUCUUACAUUCGCACAUUUCGAAAAACUUGUGAAAUAAUCCGAAUAAGAGAAAAACCCUGUAUGAAAAUUCGAUAGGCAACUUAUCGUAAACCCCUCGUAUAUUCCGAUAACGAUAUAUUGGUUUUUAUAUAAAAAAAAUCGAUUGCCAUUUAUUGUACUUGUUAUUUAAUCGAUAAAUUAUAUACAGAGUGAUCUAAUUUUAUUUAUCACAUGUUAAAAUUUUUUAUGAAUAAUAUUGGUUAUUAAUUUUUGACUACCCCGUAUAAUAUAUCACAACUUUAUACUGCUAUAACGAAGAAGGAAAGGAUAUUAAAAAUUCGGAUUAAUGUACGGGGUGUUUCAUUAAAAAACAAUUUGAUUUAUACUAAAAAAUAUAAA